AGUUCCAGUCUUUCUUCACAUUUGUCUAUUCUAGUCGAGCAUAGCGCAGCGUUGAUACCCCCCCAAAAUCUCCAUUGUUACCCACAUAUCAUACUUCACACUUCUUUUUUACAUCAAGACACUUGCUGUCUCGUCACUGACAAACGCAAUGUCCACUACAGCAGCAGUCAGCUCCCAAACCCUUAAAAUGCCCGCCGCCCGCGCCCUCGAAAACGCAAAGCAAUCUUCAGAAGCUGUCCUUAGUGACGCCUCAUCCGCCAUGUCGAGAGCAGCAGAGAACCCCAAAAAGGUCACUUCAGACUUCCUCCACACUCCAUUCAUGCGAGCGGCCCUCCCCUUCAUCAACGGCGGUCUCGCAGGCAUGACAGCAACAACGGUAAUCCAACCCGUCGACAUGGUAAAAGUACGGCUCCAACUAGCCGGCGAAGGCGUAAAAACCGGCCCCAAACCCACGCCUGUAACCGUCUUCCGGGACAUUCUCGCCCAAGGCAAAGUCAUGGACCUCUACACCGGCCUCAGCGCCGGCAUUCUCCGCCAAGCCGUCUACACAACCGCCCGCCUCGGCUUCUUCGACACCUUCAUGAAGACACUGAGCCAGCGGGCCAAGGACAACGGCACAACCAUCGGCUUCAAAGAGCGCGCAGGUGCCGGUCUCGCCGCCGGCGGUCUCGCAGCCAUCGUCGGUAACCCCGCCGACCUCGCCCUCAUCCGCAUGCAAUCCGACGGUCUCAAACCCGUCGCUCAACGCGCAAACUACACGUCCGUCAUCGAUGCCCUGGUCCGCAUCUCCAAAACAGAAGGCGUCACACGACUCUGGGCGGGUUCCUACCCCACCGUCGUGCGCGCCAUGGCCCUGAAUUUCGGCCAAUUGGCCUUUUUCUCAGAAGCCAAACAGCAGCUCAAAGAUACGAAUCUUUCGUCGCGUACGCAGACGCUUACUGCGUCGGCUGUCGCCGGCUUCUUUGCUAGUUUCUUGUCCCUGCCGUUUGACUUUAUGAAGACCAGGCUGCAGAAACAGACAAAGGCUCCUGAUGGCACUAUGCCGUACAAGGGCAUGUUUGAUUGCUUUAGGAAGGUUGCUAAGGAGGAGGGUUUGUUGAGGUUUUACAGGGGGUUUGGAACUUAUUACGUUCGUAUUGCUCCGCAUGCAAUGGUCACGCUCAUUGUUGCUGAUUACCUCGGUUUCAUCACCAAAUAAGCAGUGUCGCUGCUGUUAUUGCUGACAAGCUGGAACGAAACGAACGAACGAGUAAACGUUUUCUUAUCUUUUCUUCUCUUUUCUGGGACACAUGAUUUGGGCGUUUUUGGUAUACCUCGUCAUCUGAGAGGUUGGAUCCUUUCCUUUCCUUCUUGAUCUCAUCAUUCAUCAUUUAUGGUCUUGUUUACCUCGUUGGCAUGUAUGGCAGUUGUUCUCCGCAUGAAGCGAUUGGUUCUUUCAUUAGGGCGUUCUUUUUGUAUAUGCUGCCUCAUAUGGGCGUGCGUACAGUUCAGUUUGAUGUUGGUUGUGAAGGUGGUUGAGCUGGUAAAUGAAUAUCAAUUAUAUAAACAUUUUCACUUC